CAUACGUCAGAAGCUUUGACCUCAGACUAGUGAGAUCGUGACGAAAGAAAAUGGCUGCCGUGCUGAGGCGAGGAAGGAAGGUCAUCUCCUUCGGAUCUUCUCAGCUCUUCUCUGGAGCCAGUAAACAUGGCAGAACCUCCAUUUUGUCCUCCUUCGGUUCCAGCAAUAGAAAUUCAUCAUCUUCAUCCAAAAUUAAUGUGGACCUGGACAGCAGCACUGGGAUUGCUGUGGUGAAGUUCCAGAACCCACCGGUGAACAGCAUGAGUCUGGACUUUCUGACCGAGUUCUCCAUCAGUUUAGAGAAACUGGAGCUGGAUAAGAGCUGCAGAGGAGUGAUUUUCACCUCGGCUCAGCUGAAGGUUUUCUCCGCGGGCCUGGACAUCUUAGAGAUGUACGGUAAGAAUCUGGAGCACUACGCUGAGUUCUGGAAGUCCGUCCAGGACAUGUGGCUCAAACUUUACGGCUACAGAAAGAUCACCAUCGCUGCCAUCAACGGUUCCAGUCCCGCAGGUGGGUGUCUGUUAUCCUUGUCAUGUGACUACAGGAUCAUGGCGGCCGAUCCUCACUACAGAAUCGGCCUCAACGAGACGCAGCUCGGCAUCGUCGCCCCCUUCUGGUUUAAGGACACGAUGGUGAACACAGUGGGUCACAGAACCACAGAGCUUUCUCUCCAGUUCGGUCUGAUGUACAGUCCUUCUGAUGCCCUGAAGAUCGGCCUGGUGGACCAGCUGGUUCCUGAGGAGAACCUUAUCAGCACAGCCACUGAAACCAUGACCAAGUGGUUUGCUGUUCCAGAUCACGCCCGUGAGAUCAGCAAAUCCAUGAUGAGGAAGCCGACGCUGGACCGACUGCUGGCCAGCCGAGAAGCUGAUACUAAAAACUUUGUGAACUUCAUCAGUAAAGACUCGAUCCAGAAGUCUCUGGGGCUGUACCUGACCAUGCUGAAGCAGAGGAAGGCGUGAACGCGGGACUGACUCUCACCUCCGUGCCUCCUGUUCUGUCUCUUUCUCUCUUCGGUGUUGGGGCUGGAUCACCUCCUUCAGUUUUCCCUGCAGUUCUAUUCUUGGAUUUGUUUGUAAAUUAAACAUCCACUGAUGUCCGA